AUCUCCCCAUAUCUCUCUCUGGGGCCGAACAUAUUUUCAUUGGGUGGUUGGGGCAACGCAGGGCUGCUCAGAGCCACUUUUCUUCCAGUCCACUUGGGGAGAUGCUGAGGGCGAAGCAGGGAGACCUCCCGGCAGCAGGAGGGAGGCCGCCAGGCCGCGCCACGGAGCCGAGCUGAAGCCGCUCCGUCCGCGCGCAGCAGCCCCUUCCCUUGCGCACAGAGCGAGCCAGGAGCGGGCCUUGGCAUCCACGGCGUAACCUGAGCCCUCCGGGGCCGGCGCGCGCCGCAGGCAGCAGGUGAGUGAUGCUGGACAUGCACCUGGUGCCGCCUCCGGACUGAAGAUUUGAUGAAAUGCCUCUAUUAUGAUCCGGAGGUCCAUGGAGGAGAGCAAGCGGGCGAUACCUGAUCCCCUCCACUCCCGGAGAGCCCGAUUGCUGGAGCUUUUCAUAACCUCCCCAGCCAGACGCCUCUCUCGAAAGGCAGCUUCAGGGGCAGGAGCCAUGGGACGAGGGGGCCCAGGGCUCAGAGAUGGGUAACAAGCAGACCAUCUUCACUCCGGAGCAGCUGGACGCCUAUCAGGAUGCAACGUUCUUCACACGGAAAGAAAUUCUCAGGUUGUUUGACAGGUACCGUGACCUGGCCCCUCAGCUGGUCCCACUGGAUUACACGAAGAAGCCCAACGUGAAGCUCCCCUACGAACUCAUUGGCAGCAUGCCUGAGCUGAAGGACAACCCCUUCCGGCAGCGCAUCGCUGAGGUCUUCUCCGAGGAUGGAGAGGGCAACAUGACCUUAGAUGACUUCCUGGAUAUGUUCUCGGUGAUGAGUGAAAUGGCUCCUCGGGACCUCAAGGCUUAUUAUGCCUUCAAAAUCUACGACUUCAACGAUGACGACUACAUCUGCAAAUCCGACCUGGAGAAGACGGUGAACAAGCUGACCCGCAAAGAGUUGACCCCGGAGGAGGUGUGCCUGGUGUGCAACAAGGUGAUGGAGGAAGCCGACUUGGACAACGAUGGCAAGCUGUCCCUGGAAGACUUCCAGCACAUGAUCGUUCGAGCGCCUGACUUCCUCAGCACUUUUCAUAUCAGAAUCUGACCCAAACUCCAGAGACCCACCGAGAGCCAGAAACCCUCUUGCUGCUGCUGCUGCUGCUUCUUCCAGAGCUGGAUCAGAGGAUGAGGCCUGGAGCUUCCUCCCCAGGGCUCCUACGGGGUGGGGGCUGGGGUGGAGCAGAGCUUCCUUUUGCCUCUUGCUUCACACAUGGUGGGGUCUCUUUCCAACUUGAUAUAACAAUGCAGCCGGGUUUCUGUUUUUCCCCUAAUCUGACAUACAGAAAGGCAGCCAGCCUUGAAUUAAAAUUCCAAGAGAAAAGCACACCAAGAAUUCAGGCCAAUCUAAGUUUCAGCAGUGGGAGCGGUCCCUACUCACAAAUCAAUAGUCAAGUGUAACAAAAACUAAUCCAUUCAAAAGUAUAUAUUCUGACAAGGAUUACAAACUCAAACAGAGACUACAAACUCAAACUCACAAGGAUAUGUAUAACACAAUAAUUCGCUACAGUAUUAAAGAUAAGAGUUUAUGAGUAGAGAUAAGUUCAUGUUAGUCCAUAGUAAGAUUUGACGUGAAGAUCUUAGUUUCAAUCAUUGAGCAGAAGUCAGAAGACAAUUAUGGAUCAGAAACAAGGACAGGGCCCUUUCUCGAUGUAUUCACCUUCAUCAGCUAAUUUUUAAAGGGUUGUGUAAGUUUGAAUAAUUUCGGAUAAAUAUAUCCUGUUAUUUUCUACAUUUCUCAGAGAUAACAACUACGUGUGGGUAGAUCAACGUGUAUCUUGAGCUUUUCUGUGCGUUUUUCUUGGUACAUUGAAUUAAAGUUCAACACUAAGGACA